AGCUCAAGCCUCACACAAGUCAGCAAUACCUCCGAAAAGUCGGAAGCAACUGUUGUUGAAGAGAGCAUCGACCUCGAAGCGGCGCUUCCUGAAAAGAGGCAAAGUAAAUGUAUGCGAGGUCUCCGGCAUUGCAUCCUUAUUGUGUAUCGCCGCUUAUUUACUCUGGUUGGUAUCUUCAAUAUCGCAGCUGCUCUCGCAGUCAUUCUCUCUGGUAUCCAAAUAAAAUGGCUGGGUACAGUUACAGCUAUCAACCUCGCCCUUGCCGUUCUUAUUCGACAGGACUUCGUUAUUAAUGCCCUAUACACGAUAACGUGUAGUGUGCCAAAGUCUUGGCCACUUGCCAUCAGAUCUCGGUGUGCUAAGAUUUAUCACCUCGGUGGCAUUCACUCUGGCGCCGCAAUCAGCGCUGGCGCCUCGCUUCUCGCUUCUAAUGUCGGCGAAGUUGUAUGCAUGACCUCAACAUGCUCGAACUGGGGCCGUCAGUCGCUGGCCGCAAGGAUCAUCUCUUGGAUACUGUCGGUUCUCUUCUUCAUCAUGUUCGUGAUGGCACAUCCAUCAAUCCGAAAGGCCCAUCAUGAUUUGUUCGAGAAAACGCAUCGCUUUGUCGGCUGGACGAUGCUUGGACUCUUUUGGGCUCAAGUGGUUCUCACCUGCAACGACGCCAAGGGCGCAAGCACAUCAUUGGGCAGCGCUUGCGUACGAUCGGCCUCAUUCUGGCUCCUCGCCAUUGCCACUGCCAGCAUAACCCUGUCCUGGGCUUUCCUUCGAAAGGUGCCUGUUCAAGUAGAAGUCCUUUCUGACCAUACUGUCAGACUUCAUUUUAACUGCACGGUCCCAGUUAAUGGAUCAUUCACUCGUUUGUCCAAGCGUCCUCUGCUCGAGUGGCAUUCCUUUGCCACCAUCCCAGCUCCAGAGCCUGCAAAUGGCCGCCCGAAGGGCUACUCCCUUCUCGUUUCGAACGCAGGUGACUGGACAAAGGCAACGAUAAAAGAGGCACCGACUCAUAUUUGGACCCGCGGAGUUCCCACUUGCGGCGUUAUGCGUAUCGCUAAUCUCUUCAACCGCGUCGUCCUGAUCGCAACUGGAUCUGGUAUCGGACCCGUGUUGGGCCACAUUCAAAGUCCUCCUUGCCCAACACAGCUGAUUUGGUCAACAUCUCGACCAGAGCAAACGUUUGGAGAGGAUCUGUGCAAUGUUAUCAAGGCCCAGAUCCCCGACGCAGUUAUCUAUGACGUCAAGAGAUUUGGUCGCCCAGAUCUGGUCAAGAUGGGGUACAACCUUGUGAAAAGUUUCAAGGCGGAGGCUGUGAUUAUUAUUGCAAACGAGAAUAUUACCAAGAAGGUUGUUUAUGGUCUUGAGACUCGGGGUGUGCCUGCAUAUGGUGCGAUUUGGGACAGUUGA